ACAUGUUCUGUUUUGUUUUGUUUUUUCUGCAAGGCUGGGCAAGGUCGAUGUCAAUACAAAUUCAUUCACAUCCGAGGAGCUCAAAAAGGCCUUGGCUAAAAUGAAGGAAAGUGAGAAGGCAGAAAGGAAGGCCCGAGAGGAAGAGGUGAGGAAGAAGUUCCGGCCCAUAGAGCAGCUGAAGGAGGAGUUUGAAAAGCUGAACAUGAAGAUAGAAACAGAUUAUGAAGUUAUGGUUAAAUUAAUCAGCAAAUUCAACAGCUCUGCCUCCACGCUGGAUGAAAAAGUAGCGGCGCUUUAUGAUCUCGAAUAUUAUGUUCACCAGGUGGACAAUGCCAAGGAUUUCCUGUCCAUGGGUGGGCUCCAGCUGCUGAUGGAGGGGCUGAACAGCAGCGAGGCCUCGCUGAAGGAACACGCUGCCUUUGUCCUGGGAGCUGCCCUGUCCAGCAACCCCAGGGUGCAGAUCGAAGCCAUCGAGGGUGGUGCCCUGCAGAAGCUCCUGGUUAUCCUGGCCACAGAACAGCCCCUGGCUGUCAGGAAGAAGGCUCUCUUCGCUCUGUCCUCCAUGCUGAGGCACUUCCCCUAUGCCCAGCAGCAGUUCCUCAAGCUGGGCGGCCUCCAGGUGCUCAGGAGCCUCUUCAGGCAGAAGGGGAUGGAGCCCCUCCACGUCCGUGUGGUGACGCUGCUCUACGACCUCAUCAUGGAGAAGAUGCUGCUUGAGGACCCGCAGCACGGAGAGCAGAUGGAGGAGAAAAUCCAGCAGUACCGGCAGGUCAGGCUGGUGCCGGCGGUGGUGGAGCAGGGCUGGUGCUCCCUGGUGCCCAACCUGCUGGCCAUGCCCGAGCACGACACCCGAGAAAAGGUCCUCAAGCUGGUGGGGGUCCUGGUGGCCUUCUGCAGGGAGCACUACCGGGGGGACCCCGCGCUGGGCACCACCCUCAGCCUCCUGCGCAGCGAGUACGAGGAGCUGGCGGCCGAGGAGCAGAGGGAAGGGGACAAGGACGGCUACUUCAGGGAGCUCCUGGGCUCUAUAAACACCAUCAUCCAGGAGCUGAGGUGAAACUGGGGGUUCAGUCCAGUUCCAGGGAGUUUGGGGUGGCAGCAAGUUUGGAUGGCAGCGGUGUAGGUGCACUUUGGAAUAAACUGCUGGAUGAGACGAGCUCCCAGCACUGUGUGCCAAUAACUUGGUUAUUAAAGUAUAUUGGGGCGUGGGGAA